UUUGUAUGUAUGUGAAUAUUGUACAUCUACAUAUGUAUAAGCAACAAUAUCUGCGAAUCUUUGUUUAUAAUAGCUGACGUUUAUGGAGUUUAUGGUGCUAAAUAAAGAGGAAAACCACAAAACGAGUCUUUUAAUUUUUGUAAAAAUACCAGGAAACUAACCACAACUGUUAUCUAAAGGUGUUCAGCAUAGUAAUGUAUUCGCAACACAUGAUGUCAGAUGGAUCGCCGCCCCCAUCGAUUUGUUUUAUUCGAGCCGCGGAAUCAUAUCCAAAAUCACAAAUGGAAAAGGAAGACUCACAGCUGUCAGUGCCCUUUCAAGAGCUUGCCGGCGAAUCAAUAAAAUACUUGGGCCGCACCGAUGAUGGAAUUUUGGCUCUAUCCAACUAUCGAAUAUUCCUGUCAAAGAAAUCAACGAACGAGACGUACGUGCCGUUGGGCCUGAUUGAGUCGGUGCAAGUACGGGAUCCCUUCCAGCUAAUUGUUAAUUGCAAGGAUGCCAGCACUGUGCGCUGUUCGUUUCCAACGGCAGAGCAGUGCUUGGAAUGGCAGCGACGCAUUCAGCUGCUAAUUGGUGUGCCUGAAACGCUUGAAACACUGUUCGCAUUUCCAUUUUACUCAUGGACAUGCGACAUUAUUGGGAACAAGGAGCGCGCUGCUCUAACCAAUGGCAACUUCAACUUCAACAAAUCGACGCCAGCGCCUGAGAGUUCAAGUCUACAAGCGGCAAGCGAACAUUUACAUCGCUUGCAGCGUGAAAUUCGGUAUGAGAGCGACUUUAAGAAUGAGGUUGCCCGUCUGGGCUUCGAUUUGAAAGGAUCAUGGCGAAUCUCGACGGCAAAUACAGACUUUAAACUCUGUCCAUCGUAUCCACAAAAGCUACUUGUUCCGUGCUGCAUUACCGACGAAAUGCUUCACAAUAUUGCCAAUUUUCGGGGAUCGCGUCGUUUGCCGGCUGUUGUUUGGCGUCAUCAAAAGUCUGGAGCGAUUCUGGCCCGUUGCAGUCAGCCAGAGGUCGGCUGGCUGGGCUGGAGAAACUACAAGGAUGAGCAGCUGUUGAAAGCGCUCGCAGAUGCGUGUGCCUUCGACAGAGGCGAACAUUCAAGGCGACAGGCUAAAGAUACAAAUGGAGAGACUGGAUCCUCAGGGAAAAGCUCUCCAUCGCUGGAGGACUCCUCGCACGAGGAGCUCGCACUGGAUGAAAUCAGGAAAAUUCUUAUCGUCGAUGCACGCAGCUAUACGUCAGCGGUCACAAAUCGAGCACGCGGCGGCGGCUGUGAAUGUAUUGAAUAUUAUCCAUGCGCCGAAAUAGAAUUCAUGAAUUUGGGCAAUAUACAUGCUAUACGAAAAAGUUUUCAUGCUGUUCGUCAGUUAUGUGCAUCAUCGCCUGACGAUCCAAAUUGGUUUGGACAAUUGGAGAAAACGAUGUGGAUGCAGCAUCUGUCGGGUCUGUUGGGAGCAACGAUGACUGUUGUACAUACAAUCGAGAAAAAUGGUCGUCCCGUUCUGGUGCAUUGCUCCGAUGGCUGGGACCGUACGCCACAAAUUGUGGCAACUGCGCAACUUUGUCUGGAUCCAUUUUAUAGAACAGUUGAAGGUUUCCGGGUGUUGGUGGAGCGUGAAUGGUUAAAUUUUGGACACAAGUUUGCGGAUCGAUCCGGAAACGGUCCCAAUUCGGAUGAGGUGAAUGAACGUUGUCCAGUGUUUCUACAAUGGCUCGAUCUGGUGCACCAAAUACACAAGCAAUACCCGUGCAGCUUUGAGUUCAGCACAGGUUAUUUGAUAAAACUCGCCCAGCACUCAUUGUCCUGUCUGUUUGGCACGUUCCUAUGCAAUUCGCUUAAAGAACGCAUCGAGAACUCAGUUUUCGACCGAACAUUUUCCGUCUGGCCAUUUUUAGCUGAAACUAUGUAUAGAAAUCCACUCUAUAAGCACGAGACUGAAAAGGUACUUUGGCCCGCGCACAAUGUGCGCUAUUUACAUUUCUGGUCCGAUGUAUAUCUGGGUAAUUUGGGCAAUAAAAACGGCACCGAUCUUCCUUUGCAAAGCAAUGAACGGCAAAGUGUUCAUAGCGUGAACGGAGCGACAGCAAAGACUCGAUCGACAGAGAACAUAACAACAAACGAGUUGUCACAGAGUACGAUAUCGAGAAGAUCAAGUGAUCCCAAUUUGACUGUGGAUUCAAUUGUAACGGAUGGCAUCAAUUUGAGUGCGAACAGCAACUCCAUGUUUGACAUUCGGUUAGAGCCAAAGGAAUGCAUAAUCGAUACGAAAUCUGAAGUCAAACAGGACACCGACUUGGUGGACAGUCCAAAACUGGCGGAGCAUGCACAAAAUGGCUCCACAAAAUUGUUAACUGAAUUCAAAAACAAUGACCAAAGCACUUCAUCAGUUCAACGUGAUACAUUGAGCGCGGGUUCCACAUCCAUAAAUGGCAAGAUCACCAUUCAGCGCAUGGAUUCCAAGCCCAUUGAUUUAGCAAUACAUACCCCAUGUGAUUCCCCAAACGAUUAUGCUCCCUCCAUGUGUGAAAGCUUUAGUGAUAAUAGCCUAACUCUGCGUCAGGGUCAAGGCCAAAUCGAUACUAGUACGGAUACCUUAAUUCCUAUAGAAAGUACACAACAUGAGACACUUUUAGUGUCAAAAAAUCCAAUUAAAGACAGCGACGUGCCUUCAGAACAAGAUGCCGAUGUCAUACCUCAUGAAAAAAAGACCGAAGCAACCAACGUUGCGCAUACCAAUAAAAUUAGUCAAAGUUAUAGCCAUUUGCCCCGAGUUCACGUCAAGCCCAAUAAUCUGAGGUACUUCCAACAGAACGCCAGCGCAAAUAUAGAGAAAAGCAAUGCAUUUGAACAUCAGUUGGAAGUCCACAAAACAGGUGGCGAGGACAGCUACAAGGAGACAAAUGCAACUAAGGAUAUUUUAAAUGGAACAGUGACCUUAAACGAUGGCAGCAACACAAGCGAGUCCCUGCCAUUAUCACCUGAGCACCACAGAUGCAAUUCUCAAACACAUAAUAUGUUUGCGCAUUUUGAUGAGUCAGCGCCAAGUAGAAGAAAUAUGCUCUGGUCGAACCUCAAUAGGGAACACACGCAUUCAAAAUAUGCAGAAAAUGUUAGUGCACUUAAUUUUCCGGCGUCUGGACUUAUAUCAUUGCCCCCGACACCACAGGGAUUGCAAGAGCGAACACAGUUCACAAUAUCCUGUCCAGAUGGCUUGUCACAUGGCUUAAGUGAACAGAACAUACGACUACACCAAAUUGUUCAAGAGCACAAGCUACGCGAGGAAGUUCUGUUGCGCGAAAUUCAUGGAAUGCGUUUGGCGUUGUUACAAAAAGGUUGUCCAAGCUGCAAUAGUGUCGUAUCAACAAAUGUGGAGCAUGAAAACGGAUCGGAUAUUGUUGAAAAUGCAUCAACAUGUUCUUGGGAAGCCGUAGAAGAACGGAGUGGUCCAUCAUCGUAUGCCACAUCCUCGAUUCAAGAGAAAAAAGCUUCAAGUGUCCUCUGGGUACCAGAUCAUGCCGUUUCGCGUUGCUCUAAUUGUCAAAUUGAAUUCUGGCUUGGACGAAGAAAACAUCAUUGUCGAUCAUGUGGCGAAAUUUUCUGUGCUGACUGCUCUGAAUUCUGGGCGCCUUUACCAUUCGAAAAGCUUUUCAAUCCAGUAAGACUUUGUGGCUCUUGUUAUACGACCGUUACAACACAAGUACACGAAUGUAGCCUUCCUUCCAAUACAAAUUCAAAUGGAACUUCAAAUUUGAUUGCGAUUUCAAUUUCAAACGACGGGGCUACGAAGAAGCCUUCUUCAAGCUCUCAACAGUAGUUUUCCAUUAGCUUUAGGGUUCUGACGUUGAAACAAUAUGUAAAUAUAAUAUACUCAAAUAUUUAUUGCAUAUAUAUAAAUGUUAACACUAUUAUAGCAAAAAAUAUAUAAAAUACAAUUGAGCGGACUUGUAGAAAUACAUGAAAUUAUACAACAAAUUUUGUUAGACAUCUAUAUGGAUAUAUAAAAUUGUAUAUAUUCAUAUGUAAUAUGGACACAAUUGUAAAUUCAAAUAC